GAUCAGCCUUGGAGAAAGUAUUACAAAGUCUACUGGAGCAACCAUAUUGGAGUCGAAUAUGGAUUGUUCAAGAGCUCAUGCUCGCAAAACACGUCAUGUUUUACCGCGGCACAAAGAGCUUUAGUUAGCAUCAGUUGGCAUCUCUUCGCCAGACGAUAAAAACCCAUGUCGUGCACCAUGAUUCAUUGGGUAUCUCAAAAUGUACAGGUUCGGUGAUGAUCGCACAGAAAGUACUCUGGGAUAGCCUUCCUAAAGAUGACCAGCACUUACCCCUUUCGGACUUGCUGAUGACAUAUGGAAGGCAUAAAAGUUCAGAUAUAAGGGAUAGAGUGUAUGCACUGCUUGGUCUUGCUUCGGAAAACUCAGUCCAGGCGAACUACAAUCUACCAGUGGAAGACAUAUAUAUCGAGGUAUCAAUAUGCAAAGAGAGAGAUCCCAGAUACCAGCUCUCCACCAUCGAACAUACGUUACAGGAAAUGUUGUGUUUGCCGAAGGGCCUCAGAAGACCACACAUUUCGAGAGGCAAUCCUAUACCUGCAGAUGCCUUUGCGAUCAAGGUAUUGGAAUUACGGCGGCAAAGGCUUGGUAAUACACACCCCCAUGUUCUUGAAGGAAUGGCCAGUCUCGUACAGCUAUACAGUGAGCAGGGCCGAUCAACGCUAUUUCAACCUCGGCAUGCUAAAUUAAUUAAGGCUGAGCACAUAGGAGAUGAAGUAUUACAGCUGCAACAAGAAGUACUUGGUAAAAAAACAUCCCAGCACUCUUCAAAGCAUGGCAGACCUCGUGUCAAUCUACUAUUGGCAAAGCAGGCUUGAUGAGGCUGAAACAUUAGGGGAUAAAGUAUUACAGCUGCAAAAAGAAGUACUUGGUGAGAAACAUCCCAGUAUUCUUCAAAGUAUGGUAAAUCUUGGGUCAAUUUACCGUGGACAAGGCAGGCUUAGGGAAGUCAAAGAAAUAUUGGACCAAGUAUUUCAAAACAUGGCAGAUCUUGUGUCAGUAUACCGCGAGCAAGGCAAGCUUAAAGAAGCCGAGAAUAUAUGGGUCGAAGUGUUUGAAAGCAAAGCAGG